AUGGAGGACCCGGGGUCAGUUUGGGGCUGUGUUGUGGUAGGGGCCGGGGUCAUGGGAUCCGCUACAGCCCUGCAGCUGGCUGAGAGCGGCGUCAGGACUCUGCUGUUGGAGCAGUUCGCCCUCCCGCACACCCUGGGCAGCUCGGUGGGCGGUACCCGUGUGAUCCGCCGCGCGUACCGGCAGCAGCUCGCCUACAUGGCCGAUAUCGUCACGGAGUCUCUCAGCAUGUGGAGACGGCUGGAGGAGGAGACUGGAGUCAAGCUACUGGUCCCGAAGCCGUUCGUGGUUGUGGCCAGUAAGACCGUGAAGGGUCUCCGUUCCAAAGCCCGUACCCUGCACGCGGCGGGACUCCCCUACCGACUGGCGGCCGGACCUGCUCUCCGGACCGAGUUCCCCGCGCUGCGGUACCCGGCGGAGUUUACCGGGCUGGUGGACGAGCAGGGGGCGCAGAUCAGAGCUGACAAGGCUAUCAAAUGUUUGCAGGAGGUGUUUUUACAGAAGGGCGGUGUUCUCCGAGAUGGGGAAAGGUUGGAGACCAUCUCACCUGGUGACGUCAUCACGCUGCGAACGUCACGUGGUACACUCCGCACCCGGCGAUUGGUUCUUACCUGCGGCCCCUGGGCUGGUGACGUCAUGGCAGGGAUAGGGUUACAUCCGCCAUUACAGGUGAUGCCAAUAAAUCUGCUGUAUAUGAGAAAGUCGCAAGGGGCGCUCCUCUCCGUCCGCGACGACUUCCCCUGCAUGUUCGAUGAUGACAACGAAGUUGGCGCGUUUCCGUCCUUGGAACAUCCCGAAACUCUCAAGGGUGGGACCGACCGGGGUCACACGGCCCACCCCGACCGUAGAGACGCCGACAUGGCUGCGCAGCUAGCCGCCGACCAGGCCUUCCUCCGGGACUACGUCUGCAAACACUUCCCGGACUUCGAGAACCGGCCCUGCCUGGUGGAGAGAUGCAUGUACACGAACACGCCAGAUGGGAAUUUCAUCCUUGAUAGACACCCCACCCAUCCUAACAUCGUCUUCGGUACAGGAUUUUCAGGACACGGUUUCAUGGCGGCCCCUGUGGUGGGACAGCUCCUGUGUCAGAUGGUCCUGGACCAGCCCACCAGUCAUGACGUCACUCCCUUCAGUCUCUCCAGGUUUAAACCAUCAGCGAAGUCUUCCAUGUGACUAACUAGAUGACAGAAAUUGUGAUGAAAAACCUCCAG